CCGGUUCUUUUCACUAUACCUGGUUCCAAUCCGAAGAGUUUUGUUAAGUAACCGGAUUCAUUCGCAGUGCUGCUCCAUGUCCCAGUCAAGCUAACAUGAAGAUGGCUGACGGUAUAGCAAUUUUGAGAAGAAACAAACCGGGUACCAAAGCAAAGGAUUUCAGCCGGUGGCCUGAUGAGCCUUUUGAAGAAAUGGAUAGCACCCUUGCGGUGCAGCAGUACAUUCAGCAGCAAAUACGACGAGAACCGUCCAACAUUGCACAGAUUCUGACGCCUCCAGAUGCACAAGAUGAAGGUGUAUGGAAAUAUGAACAUUUGAGGCAGUUCUGUAUGGAAUUGAAUGGCCUGGCAGUCCGCCUUCAGGCAGAUUGCCACCCAGAAACUUGCACACAGAUGACAGCCACUGAGCAGUGGAUAUUUUUAUGUGCUGCUCAUAAGACUCCAAAGGAAUGUGCUGCUAUUGACUAUACCAGGCAUACCUUAGAUGGCGCUGCAUGUCUUUUAAACAGCAAUAAGUACUUUCCUAGCAGAGUGAGCAUCAAAGAAACGUCUGUCUCAAAAUUGGGCUCUGUCUGUAGGCGAGUGUACAGAAUUUUCUCACAUGCAUACUUCCAUCAUCGCACUAUAUUUGAUGAAUUUGAAAAUCAAACUUUCUUGUGCAGAAGGUUCACUGUGUUUGUGACCAAAUACAAUUUGAUGUCCAAAGACAAUCUUAUUGUACCUAUUCUGGAAGAGGAAGCUGGGACUGGUGAAUCUGAAGCUUAAUGAACUGCAACUGUUCUGUCAACGACCUCUCAAGAUUAUUUUUGCUUUCACUCAUAUGUGCAUCAAAAUUUAAUUUUGUUGUCGUGUUGUAGCUUUUUUGAUGUUUUGUCUUUCAUCUUAACCAUAUCAACAUGAUGAAAAGUGAAACCUCUUAAAGAAUGCUAUAUUGAAGAACCCUGUACCAAUGUCAUGUCUGCAAAAGCAACCUACUGCCACAAAAAUGUUGAUUUGACUUUGGAAUGGUUUAAGGCACUUCUUUUGCAUUUUAUUUAUUGGUCUUAGGUUUGGUGAGAAAUAAUACCUAGCUGUUCUCUGAAGGUUGUACAUGUAUGAAAUGUUACCUUUUUGAGACAGAAAUAGAAAUAAUCCACUUCUCUUGUCAUGCGGCUGAUUUGUAAAGCGCUAAUUAGGUUACUGUUAAACUAUCAUAGCUUUAUGAAUGGAACUCUGUCUGGUAAUGGUAGGUAGUUUUUAGAAUUGACUUGUACACAACACAUGCUCCAUUGUGACACUUGAUUUAAAGUUGUCCAUGUUUCUUUUGAAUUUUCCAUUAUUUGUGCUCUCUGAUGUUGGUAGUUGCUGCUGUUCUUGCUACAGACUGACUUUUUUUCUUGUAAAUUAUGAGUAAACCAGUUAAUACUGGUUUCUGUUCCAAGACUUUAUCAUUCUGUUCCAGGGGUAUGGGGGAAAAGAUAUUGAAGAAACAAAUCAAAUAUAACAUGGUAGCAACGCAGGAAAUAUUAAAGCUCAAUGCUGUGUCAAGAUGUUUGCCUCAGACAAUAUGUUUUUAAUUGUGUACAGAGAUCUCUGGGAAAUCAGUUGACUGUUUUAUUUACAGUGGUAACUUCAUCGUCAUAGACCUAUAAUGUACUUGUUAGAAUACCACAAUGUUUUCUGGUGAAUAUGUCCAUUAGGAGUGAAUUUCAAUAUUUUUUCCUAGUGGAUGUAUCGUCUUGACAGUAAUCGCGUGUCGCAUCUUCAGCUAGUGUCUCAAGCCACAACUUGGGCAUUUACUUUCACUGAUCAUCAUGGUAGAUGCUUUAAACUGUGUGCACAAUUCGUUUUACUUUGGUGCCAUUGAAACACAGAAUAUUACAAGUUUGUUUAUUGCAAGGCAAAUAUUUUCUUUGCUAAUAAACCUUCUUGUUUAUCCUAGUGUUGACUUGAUUUAUUGUUAGAUGUGGUUUAAUUUAUUUUAUAUGAUUGUAAAAGCACUGCUUUGUAUCUUAACAUUGUAUAUGUACCAUCCUAUUUCUGUUUCGUUUUUCCAGCGCUGUUUUAUAACUCAUUAUUUUGUACAAACAAUUGUACCUCAACUAGACACCUGUAAUUAAUUUAAGGUACUGUGCUCUGCUUAUAUUUAUUAAUUGAGGGUAGACUUUCAUCCUUAUUUUUUCUUUUUCUUUUUUUUUAUUUGGACCAAAUGAGUGAUAAUUGUUCUAGUGUAUAUAAAGAACGAAGUAACUUCUCCCAAGUGCAUUUGAAUUCUAUUGUACUUGUACCGAUUUCUGUAUGAAUAUAAACUUUCUAGGAAUCCAA